AUGGAAACCAAUGUUGCAUUGGUAAUUCCAAAAAAUGAAGAUGAUGAAUUCGAAGUUCAUUCAGGUUGUCGAAAUGCUACUGCAGCUCAAAAAAGAGUUGCUGAUGUACUUGGUAUAUCAUCUAAUAAAAUAACAAGUCGAGUAAAAAGAGUAGGUGGAAGUUUUGGCGGAAAAAAAGCAAAAGGUCUUUAUGUUUCAGCGGCAUUAGCAGUCGGUGCUUGGACAGGACAAAGGCAUCCUUUCUUAGGCAAAUGGAAUGUUGGUUUAACUAAAGAUGGAAAAAUUUUAGUGUAUGACUUGAAGUAUUAUCUUAUUUGUGAAGGGACAUCAGAUGUGACCAUAAUUGUAGCUCUGAGUGAUUUACUUGCUGCUGAUGGUUGUUAUUAUAUUCCGAACAUACGGCUUAUUGGAAAUCCUUGCAAAACCAACGUUCAUUCAAAUACAGCAUUUAGAGGAUUUGGACAACCUCAAGCAGUAUUUAUUCUUGAAAGUAUGUUGAGUGAAUUGAGUCUGGUCAAAGAAACUAGUGAAUUUGAAAAGCGGAAAAAAGAAGUUGAAGAAUUUAAUUCUAAUAAUAAUUGGCAUAAAAGAGGUUUGGCACUUUUGCCAAUCGAAUUUGGGGUUUCUUUUCCUGUUGCUUUAAUGAAUCAUGCUGGAGCUUAA